AUGGCCAACGACGAAUAUGACUUUCUCUUCAAAGUGGUGCUUAUUGGAGACUCUGGUGUUGGUAAAUCUAACCUCUUGAGUCGUUUCACCCGCAACGAAUUCAACCUAGACUCGAAGUCAACGAUCGGUGUGGAGUUCGCGACCCGGUCCAUUCAAGUCGACUCGAAGACAAUCAAGGCACAGAUUUGGGAUACCGCUGGUCAGGAGCGCUACCGUGCGAUUACUUCUGCCUACUACCGUGGCGCUGUCGGCGCCCUCCUCGUUUACGAUAUUAGCAAGCACCAGACCUACGAGAAUGUCAACCGGUGGUUGAAGGAGCUACGGGAUCACGCCGAUUCAAACAUCGUCAUCAUGCUCGUUGGUAACAAGAGCGAUUUGCGCCACCUGCGUGCGGUCCCCACAGACGAGGCCAAGCAGUUCGCCAGCGAGAACAACCUUUCAUUCAUCGAGACCUCCGCGCUCGAUGCCAGCAACGUCGAGCUGGCUUUCCAGAACAUCCUUACAGAAAUCUACCGCAUCGUUUCCAGCAAGGCUCUCGACAACGGAGAGGGUGGCCAGCAGGUCCUCGACCGCCGUCCCGUUAUCGACCCCAGCAAGCAAGACAGCGAGCAGAAGCCGGGCUGCUGCUAG